CACUGAGUGGUCUGCUGGCCGGACUUCCGGCAUUGCCGGGGCCCCAACGUCUUGCCACAUCCUUGAGGCAGAGGUUUUCCUCAAAUUCCGGUUAUCCCCGGCCCGGCCUGAUGUGCUCAGCAAUCGAGAGCUCCGCGGAUUCAUUUCCGUCGACAGUGUUAUAAUUUAUUGAAACCCAAAUAUAUAAAACAAGGAUAUUGGUCAUCAGUUUCAGUGUAACAAGUUUUAAAUCUGUUAAAAUGUCGUCAUUUAAAAUACCAGUGAUUAACUUAGAAGUGGGUGAGGUGAAGGACAUCGUGUGGGACAAACUUCAGGAGCCUAAAUCGCAACGGACUCUCGUUCUUAUAAUAGUAUCGAUAGCAUUACUUCUCGAUAACAUGCUGUACAUGGUAAUAGUGCCCAUCAUACCCGAUUAUCUCAAGUACAUCGGGGCCUUUGACGAUGAGCCGUUGCCACCGAAUACAACCGCUGGCCCACCGAGUCAUCACGGGCAGGAUUCAGCAACUGGCGUGCUCUUUGCAUCAAAAGCUAUUGUCCAAUUGAUGGUAAAUCCAUUCUCAGGGGCGCUUAUUGAUCGCAUUGGCUACGAUAUUCCAAUGAUGAUUGGUCUCUGUAUAAUGUUCCUCUCAACCGCGGUCUUUGCAUGUGGACGCAGUUACGGCGUACUAUUUUUCGCCCGUAGUUUGCAGGGCGUUGGUUCAGCAUUUGCUGAUACAUCAGGAUUGGCUAUGAUUGCUGAUCGGUUUACUGAAGAAAAUGAACGAUCAAAAGCGCUGGGUAUAGCUUUGGCAUUCAUUAGUUUUGGGUGUCUAGUAGCGCCGCCAUUUGGUGGUGCUUUGUAUCAAUUUGCCGGAAAAGAAAUGCCUUUUUUGAUUCUGGCAUUUGUAUCAUUAGCCGAUGGAUUCAUGCUACUGCUGGUGAUGAAGCCAUUAAAAGAACAGCUUAAAGAGAGUCAUAAUCGUCAGCAAACUGCUACUGUACCAAUAUGGCGGCUAUUCAUGGAUCCUUACAUCGCAGUAUGUGCUGGAGCAUUGAUGAUGUCCAACGUGGCGUUAGCGUUUCUUGAGCCGACAAUUUCAUUGUGGAUGGAAGAUCACAUUACUAAGGACAAUUGGAAGAUGGGAAUGAUUUGGCUGCCAGCUUUCUUCCCUCACGUAUUCGGUGUUGUCUUGACCGUUAAAUUAGCUAAGCAGUACCCACAGCACCAAUGGCUUAUGGCAGCUGGUGGUCUUGCUCUAGAAGGCUUAUGCUGUUUUAUCAUACCUUUUUCAACCUCAUACAAGUUCCUGAUGAUCCCCAUUUGCGGAAUAUGUUUCGGAAUAGCGCUUAUAGACACUGCAUUGCUACCGACACUAGGAUAUCUGGUAGACGUACGCUACGUAUCAGUUUACGGAAGUAUUUACGCAAUCGCUGACAUAUCUUACAGCUUGGCUUAUGCCGUGGGACCCAUUAUCGCAGGUGGUGUAGUCGAAGCCAUUGGUUUCACGGCUCUUAACAUCGGAAUCGCCUUCUCAAAUCUUAUGUACGCACCGGUGCUGUAUUACCUCAGACACAUCUACGAUUUCAAGCCAUUCCAAGACGAGGCCAAUGUUCUGAUGCAAGAUCCACCUGACAAAGAAUACCAGACCUAUGUGCUACAGGAACAACGACCCAUCAGCGGAGAUGUGGGCAAUCAUUUAGCGCAGCAGCGUAUGGAAACUGAUGUGGAUCAGGAUGUUGGCUAUCAAUCUGGUUAUCAACCAAAUUAUCAAACUGAUCAAUCAUACGCGCAGCAAUAUCAUCAGCCUAAUGCCCAUUACGAUCAAUAUGUAUCUGGCCACGGGCAGGAACAAGUACAGCAUGGUCAAACUGUAGCAGGUCCUGGACAAGUACAGGGGUAUGGACAUGGUCAAGUUGCAUCAGGACCAGGUGUAGGACAAGGGCAAGGACAAGGACAUGGUCAAAUAGGAUCAGCACAAAGUCCAUAUCAACAAAACUACACAGAAUCAAUUCCCGCACAGGCAACUGAUGCUAAUCCAUUCAGAAGAGCUGAACCAGAACCUAGACAAGAUGCUAAUCCUUUUAGACAAGGAAUGUUCUAAAUAGCUAAACAUGAUUUUUUUUAAUCUGUCUUCAUAGGUAGGCUUCCAUGGUUUUGAUUAUUAUGAUCGAGUGUACAAGUGCUGUGAUUUUAUUUCGUGUUGUGAUUGUGGUUACAUUUAUUGUGUUUAUUAUUAAAAAAAAAAAAGUUCCUCAUGCUCCCAGUCAGCAAGGGAACCUGGAACUUUUAUUUUCACAGCAAACUUCCCCUUGGAAACGGGGGGAUUUUAAAAUCGUUGCUGAACCAGGAUAACAUAUCAGGUGCCCGAUAUUUACCGGCUUGCGUUAAUAUUCGGGCGCCCAAUCGUAGCAAGUAAGUCGUUGAUAGGGUUAAUAAUAUUGAUAGAGAUUUAUUGAUAAGAUUUAUUUAUUAAUGAAAUAAUUAAUAUUUUGGAUGGAUCGGAGGUACUUAAUCUAAAUCGUUAUAUAUCGAAUUUGGAUUUUUGAC